AUGCCCGGCGAAGACCGCCUCCACGCCAACGACGGCGCGUCUCGCAAACGGCGCAAGAUGGACCGCGAUCACCACUCCGCAACCAACACCCCCGCCGAUGCCAUCGUUCUUUCCUCUGACGCGCACUGCGAACACGAGAAGUCUCUCCGCACCUUGCAAACAGAUCUCGAGGCCAUGAGGCAGCUCAUCACGUGCAAGAUAUGCCUCAAGUUUCUUUACGAGCCCUAUGCCCUCACUUGCGGGCACACGUACUGCUACAGCUGCAUCAUGAACUGGAUGGGCAAGGACCAAGCGCAGCAGAAGAAGAAGACAUGUCCCGAUUGUAGGACGAUUAUCCGAGAGCAGCCUGCACCCUCUUACCUGAUCAAGGAAAUGGUGCUCAUUUUCUCGAACCGAGUGGAGCUGCUGCCAGACGGAGAGACUUCCGAAGAGCACCAUGCCAUGGCUAGAGAAGAGGCCGAGAUUGUCGCCAAGGACAAAGCGGAUACGGAUGAAGAGACAGGAGGACUGUUCCAGGGCAGAUUCAAACGUGGUGGCCGCCUCAAUCCUGUUUUGGCCAUCCGCGACGUCAGCGAUAAUGUCUUCAGAUGUCCAAACUGCGCCUUUGAGAUUCAGCGGAACUG